UACACUUUAGAUCGGAUAUUUGAGAAAGUUAGAGCGUACUGUUCUAAUGACGAGUGUAAUCGGAGCGUAUACUUUGGCCUGAAAGAAUUAACGGAAAAUAACGGUAAGUAUAUACGAGCAGGGCAAAUAGAGGCUUUGGAGAAGCAGAGGAUGAAUAGCAAGGAUGUUUUCUCUGUUAAAGGAAUGGCUGAGAAGCUAAGAAUAGAAGAAAAGGAGCGCAUAAGUAUGGGGGAGACCGUGUUUGACUGUGGGUGCAAGAUGAAUGCUCAGGUUCGGCGUUUGGUAGAGUUCGGGUAUGUGUAUUUUGCAGAUGUAGUCAACCAUAGAUCGACUUUUGAGAUUGUGUGUCUAUUAUAUACUGUUAAAAACAUGAUGAAAAAAUUGCAAGAACCUGAAAAAACGGAAAUGGAAGAGUUUUUGAAGGUUCUGAAGGAAUUAUAUCGCGGGAUAAUCUCGCAUCGGGCUACCUCCAUCAAAGGCAUAUGCAGAAUUAAGAAUGGCUUAAACAUAGAUAAUUUGCUGGAUAUGCUGUUGGAUGCUUACGUGAGAAAUAAUUUUGUAGUUUUUAACGAUUCUUUUAGAAAAAUACAGGAGAAAUUUCCAAAUGGGGAGAUAAAGUCGGGUUAUAACAAGGCAUUCCAGACCCUGAAAAACCAUCCACGCACAAAAAAAGAAAUGGCAAAGCGGAUGCACGACAACGCCAUGGAGGCAGAAGAGCAUCUUACACGGCUGCGGGGAGUUGAUGAAGGAACAACCAGAAAAGACUGUGAUCUUAGGGUUGCAGAGUAUGAAAAAUUUGCAAGGGAAACGGAAAUGCCUGAUUCGGGUUAUUCAGGUGCUAUCGAGAACAUAACGCGUGAAAGCC